AUGGAGAAUGAGAAAGGUGCGAGUUCAAGUACAUUCAAAAUGGGUAACUCUGCACAAGAGAGGAGUUUGCCUUAUGUGCCUGAUUGUUACGUUGUCCCAUCUUCCUACGAGCCACGUGAUGCGCUCGAUUCAAGUUCCGAAAGCGUACCAACGAUCGAUAUUUCUAGCUUGAAAGGUAGUGAUGAUGAGCGUCGAGGGGUUAUUCAAGAGCUAAGAUUGGCAUGUCAGUAUUUCGGUUUCUUUCAAAUAGUGAACCACGGAAUUGACCAGAGCAUACUGGACGAUGCAUUGGCGGUUGCGAAAGGCUUCUUCGAGCUGCCAGCGAAGGAGAAAAAGAAAUUUAUGUCGAACGAUGUGUAUGCACCGGUUCGGUACACUACGAGUCUCAAGGAUGGUUUGGACAAGAUCCAAUUCUGGAGGAUAUUUCUAAAGCACUAUGCACACCCUCUCCAUCGUUGGAUUCAUCUCUGGCCUCAAAACCCACCUGAAUACAGGGAAAAAAUGGGAAAGUUUUGCGAGGCAGUGAGGGUUCUAUCUCUCGAGAUAAUGGAAGCAAUAACGGAGAGCCUAGGACUAGGAAGGCAAUACCUGUCGUCUCGAAUGGACAAAAACGGCAUGCAAGUCAUGGCCGUUAACUGUUAUCCACCGUGUCCGGACCCUAAGACGGCGCUAGGCCUGCCGCCGCAUUCAGACUACAGUUGCAUCACCAUCCUUCUACAGAACUUGACCGGUCUCGAGAUCUUUGAUCUGACAGCUCACGGUGGCUCUGGCCGCUGGGUUCAUGUCCCAGAAGUUAAAGGUGUACUCAAGGUCCAUAUUGGUGACCAUGUGGAGGUGCUAAGCAAUGGACUAUACAAGAGCGUCAUUCAUAAAGUUACUCUAAACGAAGAGAAGACGAGAAUCUCCCUCGCGAGCUUGCAUAGCUUGGGUAUGGACGAUAAGAUGAGCGUACCGUCCCAAUUGGUUAACGAUGAAAACCCGGUUCGGUAUAGAGAGAGCAGCUUUAAUGAUUUUCUUGACUUUCUUGUCAAGAAUGACAUCUCUCAAGGGGAAAGGUUCAUUGACACUCUUCGAAUCAAGGACUGA